AUGUCUACUACAACUUGCUUUGAUCUCUUUGGAGAAUUGUCAAAAGAAGAACAACUCGACUUGGAAAAGCGUAAACAAGAGAACCAACUCAAGUUAAAUGACAAGAUCGCAGCAUUACCAACAGAUCGAUCAAAACGAUCGAUGACAGAGAACAGAUUGGUCUUUCUGCAAAACAGAAAAGAUUUCAAGAUACCAGGGAUAGAAUACCAGCUGCUGACCCAAGACGAGUGCGAGAGCGUGUUGAAUGUUUGCAGAAAGCAAAACGACUGGACAACAGAUCGUCACUCGGCAUUUGCAACGAUAGAUAUUCCUAUUCGCACAGAUCCAAACCUAUCCUAUCUGGAACCACUGGUGAAAGAACGGUUGUUUGACAAGUUAGGUGCACGCUAUGGAUUUAACAAGGCUGAUUUGGACUUUAGAGAUAUCUUUUUAGUAAAGUAUUCAAUGGACACACAGAGAGGUCUUCAGCUGCAUACAGAUGGGUGUCUGUUUUCACUUACUUUAUUGAUAAGUGAUCCAAGUGACUUUGAAGGUGGAGGAACAUACUAUGAAAGUGUUGAUAAAGUGAUACAUCUCAAUCAAGGCGAUUGUGCUCAUCAUGAGGGAUCAGUGAAGCAUAGUGGAGUGAGUAUAACUAAAGGAGAGCGAUAUAUUCUUGUUGGAUUUAUAGACACUGUUGAUACAAUUAAGAAAGAUAAAAUAGCAAAGACGAUUAGAAAUUAA